AUGAGGAAUACAUAUCGAGUGUUCUUUGCCAGUGUUUUCGCUGCCACACUGGUGAGAUGUACGACACUCGAACAAACCACAUAUGACGAAGAUAUCUCCACGAACCAGCCUUCAGGUUUGUUCAAAAAUGAAAGUAAAGAAAAGUUUGGGGUGAAUAUUACCAUGAAUGCCGGUUCUCUGAGUAUAACAAGUAAAAUAUCUGAAGGGCUGUCGAACAUCAGCACCAGCUCGGCCAACGAAACGGCAGUUACUACCACGGUUACGAGGCCCAGUGAAGAACCAUUCUCAUCGAGCUAUUCAUCUAAACCGAUGUCUAAGUCAUCUAAUUCGCCUACAUUACAAGAAUUCGAUGGAAAACCUGGCUAUUUAGUUCCAGGAAUCGAACUAGAAGAGCAAAGAGAUUCGAAUGAGACUGAUCCUAAAUUUUUGACUUUUGAUGAGUGGAAGAAAGUGAAACUUAAUGAAAAUCCUGGUGUUCAUCAGGAGGAAAGACAACGUUCAUGUACCUAUAAGGAUACCUCUAUUUACAAAUCAGAGAGCAUAGGCGAAGAUAUGGAGAUCGACUUGGGGUUAUUUACGUCAUCAGAUAAUUCUUUGGAUGAUGAACCUGAAGGAAAACUUUACAAAGAUAAGUUUAACUAUGCAUCGCUGGAUUGUGCAGCUACAAUCGUCAAAACGAACUCAGAAGCAUCUGGUGCAAAUGCAAUCCUUCACGAAAAUAAAGACAAGUACCUGUUAAACCCCUGUUCAGCACCAAAUAAAUUUGUUGUCAUCGAGCUGUGUCAGGAUAUUUUAGUUGAAGAAAUUGCAAUUGCUAAUUAUGAAUUUUUUUCCUCCACCUUUCAAAACCUACGAUUUUCUGUUUCAGAUCGUUUUCCACCUAAGAACGGGUGGAAGGUCCUUGGGGAAUUUGAAGCACAAAAUUCCAGAAACAUACAAAAGUUUUCUAUUGAAAAGCCUAUGAUCUGGGCCAGGUACUUGAGAGUUGAAAUUUUAUCCCAUUACGGAGACGAAUUUUACUGUCCAAUUUCGAUAGUGCGAGUUCAUGGGAAAACGAUGAUAGAUGAAUUUAAGCUUGAUGACACAGAGUUAAAGGUACAUGAUGAAAUUCAGGAUGCCCUUGUGGGUGUCGAGACGAAAUUAGAUAUAACUGGUGCUGCUUCCGAAGAAUCUCCGAAGUCUCAUAACGAAUCUACUGCUUACCAAUGUAUGCUUCCCAAUUCGUUGGCGGCCAAUAACAUGACAAUCCUACCUGAUCUCAAAGACGACUUUAGAUGUCCAGCAGUCCUCCCUCAUUUGAAGUUCGAUGAAUUCCUGAAGGAUCUGAAUCAAUCAAGCAACGACCCUACUAAGUUCCAGAGAACCUUAAACAUCUCUAACGGCCUUUCAAAUUCAUACACAGAAGAAUCAAUUUUCAAGAAUAUCAUAAAAAGGUUAACGCUCCUAGAAAGCAAUGCCACACUCUCUUUAUUAUACAUCGAAGAGCAAAGCAAACUACUCUCUCAUUCAUUUUCCAAUUUAGAAAGAAGCCAAACAAAAAAAUUAGAAACGUUGGCGGAUGCAUUUAAUCACUCAAUAAUUUCUAAUCUGGAGAGCCUCAGCUCAUUCGCGAAACAGUUGAGAGAAUCAUCAUUGAAGAUUCUUGAAGAGCAGAAACUAAAUAAUGAUCAGUUUACAACGGAGACACUACUUCGUUUUGAAGCGAUGAAGAAAGAAGCAGCAUUUCAGAAGAGGUUGAUCUACACAACGCUUUUUGCCUUUACAGCGUUACUGGUUUACAUUUUACUCACUAGAGAGGCAUAUGUUGAUGAAUUCAUGGAGGAUGACGGCUGGUACUUAAAUUCUCCACCCUUGGAAAAAGCUCGAAAAAACCUCAUGCGUAAAACGAACAGGAACAUAUCAGCAAGCAAAGCUUUCGUUUUUGAAGCGACAUCAAAUUCCAAUGAGUUGGAUAACAAGUCGGAUUUUUCACUUUCCUCCUCGUCAGCUUCACUUUAUGAUGAUACCAAAUCAUUUAAUAGUGACUCCGGUAGCAUAUCAUCGCCAUUGGGAGGUUAUUCCAAAAGUUUUCAAGUCAACAGGGAUGACUAUUCCAAUGAUAAUGAUAAUGAUGAUGUCGAUAUAGAUGAGAUAAUUGAAAGGAGCACUGGCAGGACCACUCCUCAACCGCUUUAG